GUACAGGAUAGUCCCGUUUGACAAAGAUUCUUAUUUUUGCCGGAAAUGGAGUCAAAACAUAAACUCGCAGUUCCUUCUAUCUCUCUGUAUCAAGUUUGGUCUCCCUCGCUCUUCCAUCAAUGGCGUCUCUGAUAAUGUCUCCAUCGACUAAGCAGUACUUGGCAUCCUCGUCUCUUUCCCAGCACAGUAAUCACAGUCGAUGCCGCUACAAAACAACUAGCCUCUCCUUUUCCUCUUCCUCUUCUUCUAUUUCUUUGCCCCAGCCACAGCAAGGGUUUGCGAAUGCUCCCAGUCUUACCGCCGUGGGGAGGCGCCGCCGCCACUCCUCGUCGUUUCUGGAAGCACCGGAAGCUGUAAGGCAUCUCGUCGGGUCACUUAACCGAACUGAGGGCCUCCGUUUUGCCGUGGUCGUUGCUCGGUUCAAUGAGAUUGUGACUCGGCGGCUUUUAGAGGGAGCUAUCGAGACUUUCACUAGGUAUUCCGUCAAGGAAGAAGACAUCGAUGUUGUGUGGGUUCCUGGUAGUUUCGAAGUGGGUGUUGUUGCAGAGAAGCUAGGUAAAUCGGGGAACUACAAUGCAGUGCUGUGUAUUGGAGCUGUGAUAAGAGGUGACACCUCACACUAUGAUGCUGUUGCAAAUUCCGCUGCAUCUGGAGUACUCUCAGCUGGUCUCAAUUCAGGUGCAUGAAGAUUGUUUUUGUUUCCUUUGCAUAUUCAUGAGUCACAAUUGGUGUCCUUUCAUUUUAUCGCUUUUGAAUUGGAUAUGUUUACUAGCGAAGUAACAUUUUCUUCAAUAUUUUGGGUGUUUUGAUGAAUUGAGUUCCGCAAUCGGUUAGAGAAGGCUAGAGGAGUAGAGGUACAGGAUUGUGUAUCAUCCUGUUUUGCUUGCUGUUGUGCCCUGUGCAAAAGAAAGACUUCCUACUUGGAAUCAAUGAUUACCAAGGGCUUGUGAUCAUCCCACUAUGGGCAAUAUGCUUCAGCAGCAGAAAAGAAGCAUUUGAUUCUCACACUCACGUACACCUGAUUGCAGUGAACUGGGUUUUUGGCAUUUGAAAAUAGGAUAGGUUUAUGGUUUGAUAGAGUGCAGAUUUUGGAUUUCUAAGAGCAAACUGAGAUUAUGCAUCAUUUGUCACAUAUAUGUCCACCACACAGCACAAGCAAGCUUAGAGACCUGUGAUUGAGUGGCAUUGUGGCACCAACGAUUUCUAACGCAACAUGUUGCCAAACAUAUCUCUGUCAAGCACUAAAUAUGAGAAAAGUUCAUUACACGCAUCGUUGUUGUUUCUAAAGGUUGAUAAAGAUAAGGUUCAUAAAUCUUUAUCUACAUGGGGUUUCACUCUUGGAAAGGUAUGAAAAAAGGAAUAGCAUGAUGUCCGUUACCAUGUGUGUCCUUCACGCCCUUAACAAUUAUCUUUGUGGUCAAGAAACCAAGGAUUGCAAAAUUCCCCAUAUAGAAAGUUACACCGUCUUUCCUGAAGUUAAAGAUGGUGUUUUUAAUUGCAAUUUCUCAUAAGUUCUGGUACUGCCCAACAGUCUGUCAAGAAAUCAAAUUUGGACAGCUGAUCAUGCUGAAUCCGUUUUUUUU